AGCCAAAAAAAACAUGGAAUUAUGGAAACCUGGUUCAUCAUCCUCGUCACUAUCUCCGUCGCUUUUCUCCUCAGAGCGUUCCUCAACCUCCUCUUCCCUCCCAAAUCCUCCACCCACCCUCUCCCUCCUGGCCCCUUCUCCAUCCCCAUCAUUGGUCCCCUUCUAUGGCUCCGCAAACUUAACUACGAGAUGGAACCAAUUCUACGCAAACUCCACACGAAGUUCGGCCCAAUGAUCACCCUCAGGAUCGGUUCUCGCCCUGCCAUUUUCAUUUCUGAUCGCUCCCUCGCCCACCAGGCAUUGGUCCAGAACGGCGCCAUUUUCUCCGACCGGCCCAAACCUCUCCUCACCGGUAAGAUUGUCACCAGCAAUCAGCAUAACAUUACUUCUGGCGCCUACGGUCCUACCUGGCGACUUCUACGGCGGAAUCUGACUGCCGAAAUCCUUCAUCCAUCGCGUAUAAAGUCGUACUCCCACGCCCGCAAAUGGGUAUUACAAAUUCUCUUGGAUCUUUUGGAGUCAGAGUCCAAAUCCGGAGCACCGACUCCGGUUCUUGUUCAUUUUCGGUAUGCUAUGUUCUGCUUAUUGGUACUGAUGUGUUUUGGGGACAGGCUUAAUCAAGACCAGAUCAAACAGAUUCAGGAUGUUGUACAGGCUGCGCUUGUGGCUUCUGGAAAAUUUAAUAUACUGAAUUCUUGGCCCAGUGUAACGAGAAUUUUGCUUCGAAAGAAGUGGGAUGAAUUCCUUAAUCUACGUAAAAAUCAAGAAGAAGUAUUGAUCCCUCUGAUACGUGCGCGCAAGCAAAUCAAAGAAGAAAGACUCAGGAAGAACAUAGAGGAUAAGUUCAAUCAAAAAGACGAGUAUGUAUUAGCUUAUGUCGAUACAUUGUUAGAUCUUCAGCUACCGGAUGAGAAGAGGAAGCUUGAUGAAGGGGAAAUGGUUACUUUAAGCUCGGAAUUCCUCAACGCCGGUACUGAUACUACCUCCACCGCCUUGGAAUGGAUUAUGGCAAAUUUAGUGAAGUACCCACAUAUUCAAGAGAAGCUAUUCAAGGAGAUUGAAGGGGUUGUAGGAGAUGGAACAGAAGAGGUCAAAGAAGAGGAGUUGCAGAAAAUGCCUUACUUGAAAGCUGUGCUCUUAGAAGGAUUAAGGCGACACCCACCAGGUCACUUUGUGUUGCCUCACACAGUGACAGAGGAUACAGUUCUUGGUGGGUAUUUGGUGCCCAAGGACAGUAUGAUCAAUUUCAUGGUAGCUGACAUGGGGUGGGAUCCAAAAGUGUGGGAGGAUCCAAUGGCAUUCAAGCCUGAGAGGUUCCUGAGUAGUGACGACAGAGGUGGGCCGGGGUUCUUUGACAUUACGGGGAGUAGGGAGAUCAAGAUGAUGCCAUUUGGGGCAGGGAGGAGAAUUUGCCCAGCGCUUGGAUUAGCUAUGCUUCACUUGGAGUAUUUUGUGGCAAAUUUGAUCUGGAAGUUUGAGUGGAAGGCUGUAGAAGGACAUGAGAUUAGCUUAGAAGAGAAGCAGGAAUUCACAAUGGUGAUGAAGUAUCCAUUGCAGGCCCACAUUUCUCUAAGGAAAAGAUAAUCUUGUGUUUGGCAUGGGAAUGUGGGAUUGUGUUUUUCAAUUUUUUUAGUUUUAACUUUCACUAUCUAAAAGUUACAAUAAAUUUUUAUUAAUUUA